AACGAUAGAUUUCACCAAAUAGUAGAGAACGUCAACUAAGGAUAUAGUCAAGAUGAACUACGAUCCUAUACAUGAUACAUUUGUGGGAAACAUCGAUAAAGCCCAGCAAUCCUCACAGAACCUACCCCCACUUCCUCUUGGUACUGCUGGUAUUCCUGCUCAUGCUCCACCUGCUGGAAUUUCCAAUACAAGUUCAAAUCUUCAAAGCUCUCCUUUACCACCUACAAACGGUCACCUCUUCUCGGGGCAAUCGGAAUUCUCCGACAAACCACAUCAAGCAAUGGCUCAUCUAAUGUCGAGUGAGAUAGAUGCUGAUCAUGACAUUGGUGAAGAUGCAAAUAUGAUGGAUGAAGAUAAUGAAGACGCGGACGGGGAUAACUCAAUGUUAGAGGACGGUGAUAAAAAGACAAAGGGCAGACGACCUGUUAGUGCUUCUAUACCUAAGGGCGUAAGAUAUCUAAAGAAAUCGGAUGGAGAACCAUUUUGGAGGAGAGACAUUCAAUAUGACUUUUUAGAUGCUUUAUUUGAGAACGAUCAACGAGUCUUUACAAAUCCUUUCCCAUAUUGCAGUGUUCCCGAUUUCCAUAACGGCAAGCAUUACACAUUUGCUGAGAUUUAUAUUCGAACAUUAGCUGAGUCUUCCAAGUGCUCCAAGAUUUUAAAAGAAAGACUAUUGAGAGACUUGGACAUGGGUAAGUCGGUUGCCAAGGUCUGUUUGUUGGUCAACACAGGACGAAUGAAUACUACCAUUAACUUUGUACCUGAAAUGAGAUCAACCUUAAGAACAUAUCAUUCAAUCCCUUCCUUACAAGCAGAUUCGACUACGGGGGCUUCAAAGCCUUUACAAGACACGCCAAGAUUGAAGUCCAUUUUAAAGGCUGUUAGUGAUGUCAAAGAAGACUUCAAAUCAAUUGAAGAUCUUUUGCAUAAACCUCCUCAAUCUAAGCCCAACACAAACUUGGUAUUGUUGCUAUUUUUAUUGAGCAACAACAUCAACGGUAUCAAAUUUCAUCAUGAACACACUCCUGAAUGCCAACAUGUUUCCAAUAGUUUCAUGGAAUUUUUUUUGGAGACGAAGAUACACCCGCUUAACAGAGCUAAAAGGUUCUUAUGGUUGAUGUACACAUACUUGGAGACCAACUUUACACCAGAAGAAUUGGCCAAUAACCCUUUCAACCCUCAUGAAAUGCCUCCUAUCGAAUAUGUUCCAGAAGACCAAAUCGAUAACUUUGACAAGGAUACGGACUAUGAAAUAGAGUAUUCUGAGAGAAUGUUCAGAACCCGGUUGAAGUAUUUGGCAGAUGAGGAGCAUAACAGUAACCCUAAAAGAGGAAACCGAGCAAAAAGACCAAAUGAUGAUGAAGACGACGACGAUGAUGAUGAAGCCAAAAAGAAGGCCAGUGAAAAGUCGGAAAGAAAAAAGAAGAAACUUCCUAAGUCGUUAAGCAUUCUGUCCCCAAUCACAAAAGCCACGGUAGGAAACCAAGAGUUUGAAAAGAGGGUUCAUGAUGGUCAUAUUCCAAGGAAGUUAAGCAACAGCCAUUUAACGUUCCCUAUCCCUUUCAUGGAUAAAGUAGAAGAACAAAAUAGAACAACAUUUGAUUCAAAACCAAUGAUUCCAGACGAAAUGUUACUGAAAUCCAAUAUCCGUGCCUUAGUACUAAAACAUGAUACUUCAUUGAAAAAGAAAACUGCUGAUGAUGAAAGUAAGAGAGGUAUUCAAGCACUUAAAGAAUGGGUAUACAAAUUUUUCCAAUACAAAAAGUCCAUCAAGAAUGGCUUGGUUGAUAUGGAAUGGGAGGAUUUAAGAUAUGAGAUUGUCCAUGGAAUUGAAACUGUAUUGUACAAAGAUCAAGGAAAAGAAUUUUCAAAGGAGUUUGAGAAACCUGAAUCCAAGUCAGAGGAUAAUGCCUCUGAAGAAUUUUCUCCUUUCUAUGAUUUUGAGAUGAUAAAUGAAAGAUCCCAGUACAUUGCGGACUUAUUAUCUAUAUGUAAGACGUGGAUAAAAGAUUGCUACCAAAAAAAGUCGACAUCAUCACAUAUUUCUUUUGAUUUAGAUAAAGAAGAAAUGCAACUUUCAUGAAUUCGUUCUAUAUAAUAAUAUCAAAAAUAUUUCUGAAUAAUAUACAAAUGGUGUCAACAACACCGUUAUCGGCUAAUAGUUUUGAAAAUGUGGGAGUUAUAUCGCUGAUCUUUCUAUCUUUUUCGAGUUUGACUGCGAUGGAUAAUCCACAUUUUGCAGUUAUCUUAUCCUGAACAACGAUAUCUAUGCUAAUGCAAAGCUUAUGCUCAGCAUAAGUAGAUGUUCUCGGUACUAAGAGCAUAAUUUCACUGACUCUCUUGAGCUGAGAACUGAACUGACCAUUUCGGUUUUGUUCUAUACUGUUUAAGAAAUCUCGCAAGCUUACUGUGGGUAUCACAUAGGCUUUAAAUUUGGUUACAAUUUGAGCAACAAUUUCCACUCUCUCUUUGGAUACU